GUUUCCUGUCCACCAUCUUUGGCCCUGGCAAAGUGGGUUUUGCGCAGUGGCUUAGACCUGGAGAAGGAGUCGUGACGUGCAGGAAACCAUUACAACAUCGCUCGGGCCGUGCUCUCUGGCCGCUGCUGCCACCCCCGCCCUUGCCUACGGUGCACAUUAAAGAUCCAAAACCAUGACUGACUCCAAGUACUUCACAACCAAUAAAAAGGGAGAAAUCUUUGAAUUAAAGGCUGAACUCAACAAUGAAAAGAAAGAAAAGAGGAAGGAGGCUGUGAAGAAAGUGAUUGCUGCUAUGACUGUGGGGAAGGAUGUUAGCUCUCUCUUUCCAGAUGUAGUGAACUGUAUGCAGACGGACAAUCUGGAACUGAAGAAGCUUGUGUAUCUCUACUUGAUGAACUAUGCCAAGAGUCAGCCAGACAUGGCCAUCAUGGCUGUCAACAGCUUUGUGAAGGACUGUGAAGAUCCCAAUCCUCUGAUUCGAGCUUUGGCAGUCAGAACCAUGGGGUGCAUCCGGGUGGACAAGAUUACAGAGUAUCUCUGUGAGCCCCUCCGCAAGUGCUUAAAGGAUGAAGAUCCCUAUGUCCGGAAGACAGCAGCAGUCUGUGUGGCAAAACUCCAUGACAUCAAUGCCCAGAUGGUGGAAGAUCAGGGAUUUCUGGAUUCUCUGCGGGAUCUCAUAGCAGAUUCAAAUCCAAUGGUGGUGGCUAAUGCUGUAGCAGCACUAUCUGAAAUCAGUGAGUCUCACCCCAACAGCAACUUACUCGAUCUGAAUCCACAGAACAUUAAUAAACUACUGACAGCCCUGAAUGAGUGCACCGAAUGGGGCCAGAUUUUCAUCCUGGACUGCUUAUCUAAUUACAACCCUAAAGAUGACCGGGAGGCUCAGAGCAUCUGUGAGCGGGUAACUCCCCGGUUAUCUCAUGCCAACUCAGCAGUGGUGCUUUCAGCAGUAAAAGUCCUAAUGAAAUUUUUAGAGUUGCUACCCAAGGACUCUGACUACUACAAUAUGCUGCUGAAGAAGUUGGCCCCGCCACUUGUCACUCUGCUGUCUGGGGAGCCAGAGGUGCAAUACGUCGCCCUGAGGAACAUCAACCUAAUUGUCCAGAAAAGGCCUGAAAUCUUGAAGCAGGAAAUCAAAGUUUUCUUUGUGAAGUACAAUGAUCCCAUCUAUGUGAAACUAGAGAAAUUGGACAUCAUGAUUCGUUUGGCAUCUCAAGCCAACAUUGCUCAGGUUCUGGCUGAACUGAAAGAGUAUGCCACAGAGGUGGAUGUUGACUUCGUGCGCAAAGCCGUGCGAGCCAUUGGGCGGUGUGCCAUCAAGGUGGAGCAAUCUGCAGAGCGCUGUGUGAGCACGUUGCUUGAUCUCAUCCAAACCAAAGUAAAUUAUGUGGUCCAAGAGGCGAUUGUUGUCAUCAGGGACAUCUUCCGCAAAUACCCCAACAAAUACGAAAGUAUCAUUGCCACACUGUGUGAGAACUUAGAUUCACUGGAUGAACCAGACGCUCGAGCAGCUAUGAUUUGGAUUGUGGGAGAAUAUGCUGAAAGAAUUGACAAUGCUGAUGAGUUACUAGAGAGCUUUCUGGAGGGUUUCCAUGAUGAAAGCACCCAAGUGCAGCUCACUCUGCUCACUGCCAUAGUGAAGCUGUUUCUCAAGAAACCAUCAGAAACACAGGAGCUGGUACAGCAGGUCUUGAGUUUGGCAACACAGGAUUCUGAUAAUCCUGACCUUCGAGACCGGGGUUAUAUUUAUUGGCGCCUUCUCUCAACUGAUCCUGUCACAGCUAAAGAAGUAGUCUUGUCUGAAAAGCCACUGAUUUCUGAGGAGACAGAUCUUAUUGAGCCAACUCUACUGGAUGAGCUAAUCUGCCACAUUGGUUCUUUAGCCUCAGUGUACCAUAAGCCGCCCAAUGCUUUUGUGGAAGGAAGUCAUGGAAUCCAUCGCAAACACUUGCCAAUACAUCAUGGGAGCACGGAUGCGGGUGACAGCCCUGUUGGCACCACCACUGCCACCAACCUGGAGCAGCCUCAGGUUAUUCCCUCCCAAGGUGACCUUCUGGGGGAUCUUUUAAACCUUGACCUUGGUCCCCCAGUCAAUGUGCCACAGGUGUCUUCCAUGCAGAUGGGAGCAGUGGAUCUCUUGGGAGGAGGACUAGAUAGUCUGCUUGGCAGUGACCUUGGCGGGGGCAUUGGAGGAAGUCCGGCAGUGGGACAGUCCUUCAUCCCGUCAUCAGUGCCUGCAACCUUUGCUCCCUCCCCUACUCCUGCUGUGGUCAGCAGUGGUCUGAAUGACCUGUUUGAACUCUCCACGGGGAUAGGCAUGGCACCUGGUGGAUAUGUGGCUCCUAAGGCUGUCUGGCUGCCUGCAGUAAAGGCUAAAGGCCUGGAGAUUUCAGGAACAUUUACUCACCGCCAAGGGCACAUCUAUAUGGAAAUGAACUUCACCAACAAAGCUCUGCAGCACAUGACGGACUUUGCAAUUCAGUUUAACAAGAAUAGCUUUGGUGUCAUUCCCAGCACUCCUCUGGCCAUCCAUACACCGCUAAUGCCAAACCAGAGCAUCGAUGUCUCCCUGCCCCUCAACACCUUGGGCCCCGUCAUGAAGAUGGAGCCUCUGAACAACCUGCAGGUGGCUGUGAAAAACAAUAUUGAUGUCUUCUACUUCAGCUGCCUCAUCCCACUCAACGUGCUUUUUGUAGAAGAUGGCAAAAUGGAGCGCCAGGUCUUCCUUGCAACAUGGAAGGAUAUUCCCAAUGAAAAUGAACUUCAGUUUCAGAUUAAGGAAUGUCAUUUAAAUGCUGACACUGUUUCCAGCAAGUUGCAAAACAACAAUGUUUAUACUAUUGCCAAGAGGAAUGUGGAAGGGCAGGACAUGCUGUACCAAUCCCUGAAGCUCACUAACGGCAUUUGGAUUUUGGCCGAGCUACGUAUCCAACCAGGAAACCCCAAUUACACGCUGUCGCUGAAGUGUAGAGCUCCCGAGGUCUCCCAGUACAUCUAUCAGGUCUAUGACAGCAUCUUGAAAAACUAAUAGACUGGCCCAGUGCCCUCCAGCCACCCUGUGACCGGUGCAGGCCAAGAGCUCUUUAACUGGAAGAAACUGUUAUCGCCAUGUAGAAUCUGAACCUGAACACACCGAGGCUGUCCGCCAAGGUAGUGACUAGUCUAACCUGUGCUAAUGUUAGGACGCCGCCUGUUGGAUAGUGUUAGCUUCCUGUGACCGUCUGUAACCACUGCUUCGUCAGUCCCCACCUCGCGCCACCCGCUGCUGUCCGUCCUUACUGUGGGCUUCUCCGUGCUGUCCUUACAGUGGCUGCAGUUUUGAGUGUAGUUUGAUAUUUUGUAAUCGAGAGCUCGUUUCAAAAGCAGAAAAAGACAACAAAAAAAUAUUAAAGCAAGGAAUAGUGUCACUGAAA